CUUCCGAUGUCAACACUUCCUGUUGUGUUUUUCUGCCUUUCAAACCAGGAAGAUGGAUUUGCUGUCGAAUAAGUUGAUUUUUAAUUUGCUAGUUUGUUUAUUUUUCUUAGGUGUCAACUGUAACUCAGUGGAAAAGAAGAUUUAUGUAAAUCUCAAUUACACCAUCCCGUGUGUGCGGCUGCUCAAUGCAACACAUCAGAUAGGCUGCCAGUCUUCAUUGUCGGGCGAUGUGGGUGUGCUCCAUGUCCUCGAGUCGGAGGAAAACCUGGACUGGGUCCUGAGCUCCGGUCAAACUCCUCCUUAUAUGGUUAUUUUGGAGUCUGCGCUCUUCACAAGAUCCAUCAUGAUGAAGCUGAAGGAGGGCUCCAGCAGGGUGGCUGGUGUUGUCGUCGUCGCACCGAGCACGAACCCGCCCGAGGGCUUCUCUCCCCACCACGCCUGUCCCAACGAGAACUCGGGUGUGUAUUCAGACAGCUACGAUCCCGCUCUGGCCCACUGCAACGCCACCUUGUGGAACCCGCUGGGGAGCGGUUUGUCCUACGAGGAGUUCGACUUCCCCAUCUUCUCCCUGAAGGAGGACAACGACACUCAGGUCAUUCGGCAGUGCUACCAGGAACACAACCGUGGCGGGAACGGCAGUAACCCGCAGUACCCGCUGUGCGCCAUGCAGCUCUUCUCUCACAUGUCGGCCGUCACCGACACGGCCACCUGCAUGAGGAGGAACGACAUCAACUUCAGCCUGAGCCCGGAGAUGGUGUGUGAUCCGCUGGGUGAUUAUAACGUCUGGGCCGCCACCAGGCCUUUGAACACCACAACCAAAGGACACAAGAUGUUUGAGAGUGUGGUCAUCGCCGCGGCCCGGCUCGACAGCAGGUCGUUUUUCUUUGACGUCGCCCCGGGAGCGGAGAGCGCAGCGACGGGCUUCAUCGCCCUGCUGGCAGCAGCUCACGCUCUGCGUAACGUCACCCAGGCCGCCCAGCCCAACAGAACCAUCCUCUACACCUUCUUCCAAGGGGAGACGUUUGACUACAUUGGCAGUUCGAGGAUGGUUUAUGAAAUGAUGAAUAAUCAGUCUGUUGUGGACCUGGACAACAUUCACUCGGUGCUGGAGGUCGGACAGGUCGGUUUACGUCCCGACUCCAAACUCUGGCUUCACUCUGACCCUGUGUCCAGGAGGAACGACAGCGUCAAUCAGGAGGUGGUGAAGCUCGUCGAGAACUUGCGUUUGGCUGCAGGGACCACCGGCGUGUUGGUGGACGAGCCCAGCACCUCGCAGCCGCUGCCUCCAUCAUCCUUCCAGCGUUUCCUGCGAGCUCGGCCCAUCCCGGGCGUUGUGAUCGAAAACCACGACUCAAGAUUCAGCAACAGGUACUACGAGAGCAUGUUCGACAACGCCGAGUAUCUGAACGUGACUUACCCUCCGAACCUGACGCCGGAGGAGCAGUUCGAGCAGCCGUUGGAGAUCGCCAAGGCUCUGACUGAAGUGGCGACCACGGUGGCUCGGGCUCUGUACGUUCAGGCCGGAGGAUCAGAAUCCCAGCUGGACAGCAUCAACGCAGACCCUCAGAUAGUGAGCCAGAUGCUGUACGGAUUCCUGGUCCGGUCCAAUAACUCCUGGUUCCAGCAGGUCGUGCCCUCCGAGCUCGCAAGUCACCUGGUGGACAGGCCCACCAACUUCUACGUGGGCGUGACGCAGCAGUCCAGCGAGCCGACGCUGCUGGUGCAGUACCUGCUGGCCAACCUGACGGGCAGCGUGGUCAACGUCACCCAGGAGGACUGCCAGAAGCAGAGGGAGCACGAGAAGGACGAGGACAGCAAGCAUAUCUACAGCUACAUGUGGGUUCAGGGCGCGGCCAACGGCACGGUCCGGGAGAGCUUCUGCGUCCGCUCCACGGUGCACCUCUCCAAGGCGCUGUCCCCGGCCUUCGACCUGCGGGAGUACACCUCCCAGGACUACUCCACGUGGACGGAGUCCCGCUGGAAGUCCAUCAAAGGGCGCAUCUUCCUGGUGGCCAGCCCGGACCUGGAGAAACUGACGCUGGGCGUGGGCGUGGGCGUGCUGCUGGCGUCCCUCUUCCUCACGUACAUCAUCAGCUCCAAGGCGGACAUCCUGUUCAGCUCGGGGAGGGAGCCGGCCACCGCCACCUACUGAGCGCCACUCGGCUACUACUUCCAAUAAUUCUACUACUUCUAUCCCAGCCAGACCAGGACAGUUUCCUUUAAAACACUGCACGAGUAGGUACACAAACCGGCUAGACUCCACAGCAGAGGACAGUUUUUUCCUCUCUUUUUUGUUUGUUUUUUUUUUCGACGUUGUCGUCUUGAUGGACUCACUGAGGUGAGGCGUGACUCGAGGACUGGACCGGCCCGGAUGGAUCUGGACUCAUCGGGGUCAGAGGACACUGGUCAGGCACCAGCGGGCCCCGGUCUGUGGAAACAAAGAAAAAAAAAAAACCCCAGAUGUUUAUAUUACUUCUGCUCUCCCUUUUUACUGUCCGGGAAUGUUUGGUUUACUGUGUGACGGCAUCGGCACCAAACAUCCAGCCUCGUGUUGCGUGGGUGUAAAAUUUUAAAUAUGUAAAUGUGACUUGAGCGUGAGUGAUUCCGAGUGCUUGAGCAGUGUGUGUGUGUGUGUGUGCGUGUGUGUGUGAACUUUGUAUGAGGAUUGCGAUGGUAUGUGCAAUACUGUAGCCGUCUUCUGUCGAUAUACUUAACUUAUCAAUCAUUUCUAAUGAUAAGGAACCACUUUCUGAGUCGAUGAACAACCAGUAACAUUUUAAGUUUACGAUUUUGCAAAGUCUGGAAAUCUGCAGUGACGUGUUUCGAUGAGUUCUGAGCUCUGGGAGGUCAUCAAAAAGAGGAAGAGAGGAUAAGAACGUGACUACAUGUGUGUGUAGUCGAGCCGCUGCAGCCUCACAUAUUGUGAUGUUUGACGGGAUGCUGUGGCAGCCGCACUCUUUCUUAUCAAUCUGCUGCCAAAACCUUCAAACAGUCAAACAAGAAAAAAUUCAGAACUCUGACACACAUUUUAAAAAAAACAAAAUAAAAAAAAUGCUGGUACUUUCUGGCUGUGCACUCUUUGGUUUUCGUCUCUUUUGUACAAGGUUUCUUUGAAGGAUCAGUUGUGACAGACACUAGAUUUUAAUUCUGCUGAGUGUUAAUUUUUUGGCUGGAAGACUAAUUGUGAUGCCUUGAUCAAAAAAUAAACAUGGCUUCUUUUC